CGAUGUCAUUGAAGGUAGCAACACCUCAAUUUCUGGUUAUUUGAACGCAUAUAUGCUUAUAUGUGUACUGAGAAUUUGCAUGAACUUUGGAAUUUAUGGAUUAUUUCCGUAAGUACGACGCAUGCUGCCAGUGACUGGUGUCUAUAAACGUUGGGGCUCUCAGGUGACCGACCCAGCUUCGUGCAACGCUCCAGCGUGUUGGUUCGUUGGAAUUAUCCACAAGUAGAGAGUAUCGCGGUAUCAUGUUUCACGGUCUGAAGGGUAUUUUUCAUAAGGACAAGGGAGGGCAGAAUCUGCUGAAGCACGGGGCGAUGGCGGUGGCGUCACAGAGUCGGCGAUCCUCUGCCGUCGAAGACGCUCCUCGUCGUGUUCGACUGGCCGACAUCAGCGGUGAGCGCUCACAAUUCGGUCUAGAGAACCGGCUGUCGGAAGCAUCCGGCAGCGGCAGCCGGCGUACCUUGCCUGUGGGCGGCCUGGCCUCGCGAUCUAGCGUGAUGGAGACGCGCCCGUUGCCGAAGCGCAACUGGUCGACCGCCAGCGACAUGCCGGCCGAGCGUAGUGCACAGGCGCUGGCGCUGGCCAUGAUGGGCGACGGCAAGGACGUGCGUGCUGAAGGCUCGGUCAAGAUCGCCUCCACCAUCACCACGUCGGCCGAGAUCAUGUGCUGCCGCUUCAGCAAUAACGGCGUCCACCUGGCUGUUGGCACGGUGUCCGGCGGCACCUCCAUAUACAGUACGGACGACGUAGCCUCGCACGUCGUUCUCUUGCAGGACCACGACACGCUCGAGCGCAGCAUGCCAGUGACGUGCGCCAGGUUCGUGCCCGUGCCGGAGCCGAAGCCGUCGACCGUGCUCCUGAACGCCUAUGGCGACGGGCUGGUCAAGUUCUGGCGCUACAUGAGCGGCGAGUGCCUGCAGACGCUGGACGUUGACGAGCAGGUGCUGGCACUGUCGUUCGACUGCCUCGGCAAGUACUUCCAGCUGGCGGGCGAGGAUGGCGCGAUCCGCGUGUUCGACGCGGCGACGUCCCGGCUGGCCGGCCGGCUGCACGCCUCCGCCGACCACGCGCUCAACGACGGCCACCGGUCGCGCGUGUUCGCGCUGGCUGCGCACCCGCACACGCCGCACGAGCUGCUCUCGGCCGGCUGGGACAACACGGUCCAGUUCUGGGACAUGCGGCACCCACACGCCGUGCGCCGCAUCUACGGGCCACACAUCUGCGGCGAGGGGCUCAGCAUCGACCCCAUCUCGAACCGCGUGGUGACGGCGUCGUGGCGGCGGCGACAGGCGCUACAGGUAUGGGACUACGGCUCCGGCGAGCUCAUCACGGACAUACAGCCCGACUCUCAUGAGAGCAUGCAGACGGGCGCCCAGUUCAUGGGCCAAGACUACUUGGCGGCGUCCGGCGGCUUCGUCAACCUCGUCCGCAUGAUCGACUGCAGGGCGUUCGUGACAGUCGGUUCAAUCCGGAACGUGCCGCAGAGCGUGCGCUGCCAGGACGUCAGCGUGUGCGCCGACAAGCAGUUUCCAAGGAUCGCCGCCUGCUUCGGCUCUGAAGCGCUGCUGAUCGACACCUGGUACUAG